AUGAAUUUUGAAAGUGAUUACUCGCCUGAAUUGAAUAGAUAUGAACCAAAAUAAAUAUUAGGGAAAGGAGCUUUUGCAACAGUUAUUUCAGCUUUUGAUAAGUAAAUGAAAACUAAUGUUGCAAUUAAAAUUGUUGAGAAAAAUAUGUUUAAAUGUAAGGAAUAAGAAGGUGCUAUACGUCAGGAAGCAAUCACCCUUUAAACUUUGUUCCAUUAAAAUAUUAUUAAGAUUCAAGAAGUAUGAUAAUUAUCUUAUAACUUAACUUAAGUUUUUUGAGACAUAGCAUAAGUUUUACAUUGUUAUGAAUCAGAUAAAUGGUAUAACUUUGGAAGAUUACAUACCAAAAUUAUAGCGUAAUGAAGUGAUUACAAUUACUAAAUAAAUUUUGAAGGCUUUGAGUUAUUUACAUAAAAACAAUAUUGUCCAUAGAGACAUAAAACCUGAGAAUAUUUUAAUAAGUGUGUUAGAAGGAGAAUUGAUUGUUACAUUAAUAGAUUUUGGUUUAUCAGCCUCAGUCAAUAGAGUAGAAGAUGGUUUGAUGAAAUAAAAUUGUGGAACCUUAUUGUAUUAAGCUCCUGAAGUUAUUAAAAAAGCAAAUUAUACUAGAGUACAUAUACAUUAAUAAUAUUUAGUCAGUUGAUAUUUGGGCUUUGGGAAUUGUAGUUUACAAUAUGUUAUAUAAUGGAAAGCAUCCUUUCUAUUAAAAUGGUGAUACUAAAAUAACAUAUUCUUAAAAAAUUAAGACAUUUUCACUGAACUUUUUAAUGAAUGAGGAUUUAAACACUAAAAAUUUCUUAGAAAGAACUAUAGCUUAUUUACCAGAACAUCGUUUAACUGCUGAUUAAUGUCUAGAACAUCCUUGGAUUACAGGUAAGGGUGAUAUUUCAGUACCAUUCACAUUGAAUGAAAUAAUUUAAUAUCAAAUUUAAAAAGAAUAAAAAAUAGCCAAGUAUAUUAAAAUACUUGUAUUUUUGAAAUAUUUGAUAAUUGUAUCAAAUGAUGUUCUUGGAAGAACUGAUGAAAUUAAUGAGGUUGGAUCACCUAAUGAUAAUGUAUCUGUUAUAGGAUCUGAUAUAUCAGCAUGUUCAAAUAAGUUUAGAAUUCGUCCCUUAAUUAUGAAAUCUUAGACAAGAUUAAAUAAAAUAUGGAAUAAUGAUAGUAUUAGUAACUCUUUUGCUGGAGAUAGUAGUAGAAAUACAACAGAUAUGAUUCCAGAAAUAAUUGCACGUGUUGGUACACCUAAUUUUUUGAAAAAACAAUUAAGAAAAAGUAAUUCAAUGAAUCCAGAAGAAAUGAAAAAACAAUUAAAAAUAAUCAAUACUUAAAAGGGUCCUCAAAAGGUAUUUAUUUAAAAGCCUAUAUAUAUAUAAGGAGAUUUAAUUGAAAAAUAGAAGAGUAAUUUCGAAUUCGCAUAAAAGUAGUUGCAAGUUGGUAACGGAGCCAUUAAGUUAAAGAUAGAAUGGAGAUAGUUAAAGUAAGAUUGCAGACUCUCCUUUGGCUAACAGAUUUCGCCAUUUUUAAAGGUCUAAUUUCUCUAAAAAACCUGCAUAAUUGUGAGUUUUAUUAUUAUUUAUAUUAUGCUUAAAAUUUUCAGAUAGGCUAAUUUAUUCAAGCCUUAAUUCAUGAGAAGAUAUGAUUAGGCUAAUUCUCCUUUGCAUAUAGCUAUUGGGGAUACAUCUGAAUUGAGAACAAAACUAUUUCCAGAGAAGAGGAGAAUCCCAGGAAGAAAAGGCAAAAUAAUCUUAGCAAUAGGUGUUUUAUUCUAAGUUUGGGGCAUAAUGCAUAUAGUGGAAGUGAGAAGACAAUUCAAGUAUAAUUGAAUAGUUAAAUAAUUUAGACGCAAAGAAUUAGAAUUGAAAAAAAUGCAAAGGAAAUCUUUACCAUUUUAUUAAGCCAUGCAAGAUAUCAGAUAUUUAGCUGCAGAAGAUAAAAGAAAUAUAUUGAUUGAAGAAUUGUUUGCUGAACAUGGAUCUGAUUAUAUUAAGUAGAUUACAGAUAUCUAUUUCUAAAAAGAUGUGUGGUAUGAUUAUCAAUUAAGAACAUAGGGUUCCAUUUAAGAAGAGAGCUGCUCAUCAAUAUACUAGAGCAACCAAAGAUCCUUAUCCAUAUUUCGAUAUUCCAGGAUCACGUUUCUUACAUGGUUACGACGUAUACAACAUUUGAU